GUGCGAGUGUAGGGCUGGGGGUGUUAACCGUACCCUGCACUGUCACAAACUUCACAGAGGUGAGUGUCACUUCCUGUCUCAACAAGAGGCGAGCCCCGCAAUAAAGAAACCGGACCCACCAGAGCUGGUGUUGGGAAAUCGACGAUGAUGGACUGAUCAGCUGUCGCGCUGUCGAGAUCUAAUCCUGCAAAUGAGGAGAAAACCUGGAGCUUGAAUGAACCACGGUUAGAAAGUAGUCUCUCCAUGUUCGCAGUGACUCCCUCCAGUCCCACCAGUCCUACAGUGCCGGCUCUGGUCCAGUUCCAGCUGGGCCUCUACAGGGAGUUGGUUCGAGUCCCUGCCGGCAACCUGAGCUACCGCCAUGCCCGGAGGCUGGCUGCCGAGGUCAUAGAGCGCAAGGCUCCAGACUGUAACGUGGUGGGCGUCGGGGAGAAGGUUCUGUUGUUCCGACACCAGCCCGCCUCCGAGCAGCGGCUGCAUCGUCUGAGGGACUGCGACGAGCUGCAGGAUGGAGACCUCAUCGAGGUCGUCAUCUCAGGAUCAGCCACCGUGACUGAGAUGAGGAUCCGUCCACACUCCCUGGUCGUCCAGUCGUACCGGACCCCCACCUUCUGCCACCACUGCGGAGAAAUGCUGUGGGGCCUCGUCCGGCAGGGGCUGAAAUGCGACGGUUGCGGGCUGGACUUCCACAAACGCUGUGCGUUCCUGCUGCCUAACGACUGCAGCCGAGCGCGGCGCCAAGUCAGCACCAGCCUCUCCCUGUUUCCGCCCCGGCGACCUCCCUCGCUCUCGCUGUCCAACCAGGCAGGAGGCAGCCUGGAGGAGAUCAGUAAGACCAAGCCGUCAUCCAGACCUCCGUCCUGGAUCGAGACUCCGGUCUGGCUGGGGGUCGGAGGCGGAGACAGAGGCACGGCUCAGGUCCCUCACACCUUCCACAUCCACAGCUACACCAAGCCCACUGUCUGCCAGUACUGCCACCGGCUGCUCAAAGGCCUCUUCAGACAGGGGCUGCAGUGUACAGACUGCAGGUUUAACUGCCACCGGCGCUGUGAGCCUUUAGUCCCCAGAGACUGUCCAGGAGAGAGGAGGGCCAUGAACGGGGAAGAGUCCCCCUCAACAGCUGGAAGUAUCUGCGCGACAGACCUGGAGGACAACGAAUCAGAGCUCACCAGUUUGACACUCGACACGUCGGACGAGGAGGUGUCCACUGACAGCGACUCGCUGCCUGAGAACAAGGAAGUGGAGCAGCUGCGAGAGCCGAUGAGUCCGUGUUUCAGCAGCAACAUCCCCCUGAUGAGGCUCGUCCAGUCAGUGCACCACACUAAGAGGAGAGCUGGAGGCGUCCUGAGGGAGGGAUGGCUGCUGCAUCACACCGACAGAGACACAUUGAGGAAACGUCAUUACUGGAUCUUGGACUGGAAGAGCAUCACCUUGUACCAGAACGAGAGCAGCACCAAGUACUACAAGGAGAUCCCUCUGUCGGAGGUGCUCCAGGUCCGGGGCCCCUCCCACUUCUCCGUGCCCCUGCUGCCCGGUGUCAGCCCUCACUCGUUGGAGCUGGUGACAGCGUCGCUGGUGUACUGCGUGGUGGCCGGAGAGGACGGAGCGGACUGGGAGGACUCCAUCCGUCAGGCUCUGAUGCCCGUGCAGAGCAGCGGGGGACAGAGCGAGGAGAAGCAGGAUGAAGAUCAACGCGUCCAAACCGCGGACAUCAGCUCAGUGUAUCAGAUCUUCACAGACGACGUGUUGGGUUCGGGACAGUUCGGAGUGGUGUACAGAGGUACUCACAGGAAGUCGGGCCGACUGGUCGCCAUCAAGAUCAUCGACAAGACGCGCUUCCCCAGCAAGCAGGAGAGGCAGCUGAGGAACGAAGCGGUCAUCCUGCAGAAUCUGUCCCACCUCGGCGUCAUCCUGUUGGAGGCCAUGUAUGAGACCGUCCAGUACAUCUUCGUCGUCAUGGAGAAGCUCCAUGGAGACAUGCUGGAGAUGAUUCUGUCCAGCGAGAAAGGCCGGCUCCCUGAACGCAUCACUCGCUUCCUGGUCAUGCAGAUCCUCGAGGCUUUGCGCUACCUGCACCUGAAGCACAUCGCUCACUGCGACCUGAAACCUGAGAACGUCCUGCUGGCCUCCGCCGACCCCUUCCCUCAGGUGAAGCUCUGCGACUUCGGCUUCGCCCGCAUCAUCGGGGAGAAGUCGUUCCGGCGCUCGGUGGUGGGGACGCCGGCCUACCUGGCGCCGGAGGUCAUCAGCAGCAACGGCUACAACCGCUCCCUGGACAUGUGGUCCGUGGGCGUCAUCAUGUACGUCAGCCUCAGCGGCACGUUCCCCUUCAACGAGGACGAGGACAUUCGGCAGCAGAUCACCAACGCCGCCUUCAUGUACCCGCGGCAGCCCUGGACAUCCAUCUCACUGGAGGCCGUGAGCCUCAUCAAUAACCUGCUGCAGGUGUCCGUGAGACGGAGGUUCAGCGUGGGCAAAGCGCUGGGUCACUCCUGGCUGCAGGACUUCCAGCUGUGGUGCGACCUCAGGCAGUUCGAGGAGAGGAUGGGCUGCAGGUACCUGACCCACCGAGGAGACGAGGAGUACUGGAUGCGCUACGCUCAGGAGAGAGGCCUCAGCUUCCCCUCCCACCUCCGCCGGGACCCCCAGCGCCAGCUGGACAUGUGACCUCGCAGGGGUCGGACUCUUUCUAAUGUUGUACAGCGCAGAUGAAAUAUUUUAGCCUCCAAACUCAUCCGAGCAUCUAUUUUUAUGGGAAACGAGAAGGAAACGUGUAUACUAGUCGAAGGAUAUCUAAAUGAAAUAAAAAAAAAACACACGAGACAAACGACUGUUAGUAAUAUAAUUUUCCUUUUUUAUUCCAAGUUGAGGUUUUUAAAUGUUACUGUGAGGAUGGGAGGAGGAGAAUGGAGCCCAGGUUAAAGCACAGUCAUGCACAGGCUGGCUCGUUCUGCUUAUCGUGGCUGACCCGCCGUUUUAAAAAUGGGACCAAAACCCUAUGUUCUCCCUCGCUGACACAGGCCUGCUGUGGUCCCAUGUCUUCAUAUUUUGUCCACAACUUUCCUGAUGCCCUGUCGUCUCUCUGCUCCACACCUCUCUCUGUCUGUGUCCCUCCUCCUCCUCCUCGUUUAUUUAACAUUUAUUUAUUUGACUCAUCACAAACGUGCCCCGUACUCGGAGGAGACUGGUCAGAGAGGAGGGAGGCGGGAUCGUUCUCUCCGGCCGCAACGGUUCGUCUUUCUGUUUUCGUUCCCUAGUCACCAUCCAGCCAUGGCCGUUCUUUAUGUUUAGCCGCACUGCUCUGAGUUGUCUCUCUGUCCUGAUUCUGGCGUUCGAGGUGCUCUCAUUCAUCCUCCUGUUGUUCCUUUAAGAUCUCCGGGUUAAAUGUGCUAUUCCUGACCUGCUCUGCUCCUCUGCUGCUCCCUACUGUCAACGUUUGGGGGGUUUGUCUGAUUAAGAAGAGCCUGAGACUCACUGACAGCGUUUCUAAACUUCAACAUAGCAUGCAUCUGCACAAAUACACAACCAACCAAGCCAACUGAGCGACCAGCUUUUUCAUCUUCUUUAAUUACCCUUCUACAAAAAAAAAGUCAUCAGAUAGAGAGAAGAAGAGCUGGAGGCUUUGCUCAAACGUGUUUCUAACUUUCUCUCUCUCAUUUCCUCCUUCUCUUUAAAGUCUCCUAAAGGCAGGUAUGUUAUAUAUUAUAUGUAUGCUGCUUACAUAACUUCAGUGCAAUACCUGGCACGCUCGUUUUUUAAAGGCAGCGAUGAGAGACGAGCCGCACAGUCCGAAUGAGGUUCCUAAGGUUCGAGCAAAGUCUCAAACUCUCCCCCUCUCUAAGCAGUGUUCAUGUGCAUGAAAGGAGGAGGAGGAGGGGGGAGGAGGAGGAGGAGGAGGGGGAGGAAGUUAAGAUUUGAGAGGAAAAACAAUGAUAACGACAAAGCACAUAGAAGGACAGUGGAAGGGUUUAAAUGGCUCUCUCCGAAACAGGAGAAGCUGGGAAGAAGGGGUGAAGAGGAGGAGGAGGAGGUGGAGAGGAGCG